AUGAAGGUAGCAAAAAGAAUGGUCAUAGGAAAUCAUUCCAUCGUGUCUGCAUUUAUUCUUGUGGGGUUAACAGAUCAACCAGAAUUCCAGCUUCCCCUCUUCUUCCUGUUCCUAGGGAUGUAUGUUCUUACUGUUGUGGGGAACCUAGGCUUGGUCACUUUGAUUGGACUGAAUUCUCACCUUCAUACCCCCAUGUACUAUUUUCUCUUUAAUCUGUCCCUCAUAGAUCUCUGUUACUCUACUGUUAUUACUCCCAAAAUGCUGGCAAACUUUGUCUCAGAGGAAACCGUCAUCUCCUACUCUGGGUGCAUGACUCAACUUUAUUUCUUUCUUUUUUUGGUGGUUUCUGAGUCCUUUAUUCUUUCAGCUAUGGCUUAUGAUCGUUAUGUUGCUAUCUGUAACCCCCUGCUUUAUAAUGUAACCAUGUCCUACCAAGUCUGUUCUCUGCUAUUGUUGGGGGUGUAUAUAAUGGGGUUUUCUGGAGCCAUGGCCCAUACAGGUUUCAUGCUAAGAUUAGUCUUCUGUGAUGUCAACAUUAUCAAUCACUACAUGUGUGAUAUACUCCCCCUCCUAGAUCUCUCAUGCACCAGCACCCAUGUUAAUGAGUUAGUGGUUUUCAUUGUUGUAGGAAUUGACAUUGGUGUCCCCACUGUUACCAUCUUUGUCUCUUAUGCUUUAAUCCUCUGUAGCAUCCUCCACAUCAACUCCACUGAGGGCCGGACCAAAGCUUUCAGCACCUGCAGCUCCCACAUAAUUGCUGUUUCUCUUUUCUUUGGCUCAGGAGCAUUUAUGUAUCUCAAACCUUCCUCCCUUCUAUCCAUGACCCAAGGGAAAGUGUCUUCUUUAUUCUACACCAUUGUGGUGCCUAUGCUGAAUCCCAUGAUCUAUAGCCUGAGAAACAAGGAUGUCAAAUUGGCUGUGAAGAAAACUCUGAGUAGAAGGAUAUCCUGA